AUGAAGCUGUGGUGCACGCUCGUGUCCACACUGCUCUUCACCUCCGGCGUAGCGCACGCCCAAUUCCACCCCAGCGCCCCCUCGCGUUAUGUCCGCCUGCCCUCCUUGCGCGAACAGGCCAAGAUUCUCGACGGCUGGCGCGACGCGCGCCUCGCCAACAUCCCCGCCCUGCUCACCAAGUACGGCAUCGGCGUCUGGCUGACGAGCCAGCGCGAGCUCGCAGAGGACACCCUCUGGUGGUCCGUCAAGGACGCGACCGAGUACGCCGCCCACCGCCGCACCGUCCUUCUCUUCCACCGAAACUCCUCCUCCGCGCUCGUCCCUGGCCGUCCGAACACGAACCCGCUCCGCUGGGUGGACAACACGGGCGUGGUCUGGCCCGAGCUCCGCGCCGUGCUGGCCGCGCUCGCGCCCCGCCGCAUCGCGCUCAACACCGACCGGGACGUCGGCGCCGCCGGGGGGCUGCACGUCGGCGAGUACGAGGCGCUCGCGGGCGGACUCGGCGGGCGGUGGAUGGAGCGCACGGUGAACGAGCCGAUGCUCGCGAUCGAGUACGUCGCCGCGCGCGUGCCAGGCCAGCUCGCGUACUACCGGAAGCUGCAGGAGACGACCUGGGCCUUGAUCGAAGAGGCGUUCAGCGAGCGGGUGGUCGUCCCGGGAGUGACGACGACUGAGGACGUCGAGUGGUGGUACCGCGAAAAGAUGCUGCUGCUGAAUGUGACGACGUGGAACCACCCUCGCGUGUCGGUGAUCGUACCCGAGUCGUUCCCCGGAUGGUCUGGGACCAAGGACAUCAUUCAAGAGGGAGAUCUCUUACAUGUCGACUUUGGCAUCACCGCCAUGGGCAUGAAUACUGACGUACAGCAUAUGGCGUACGUCCUGCGAACCUCAGUGAACGAGACAGACGCUCCCGUCGGUCUCAAGGAAGGUCUGAAGAAGGCCAACCGCAUGCAAGAAAUUGUUUUAGACAAGAUGGUUGCCGGGAAGACUGGGAAUCAAGUCCUUCAAGAGAGCCUGAACCAGACCACGCUGGAAGGUAUAGAAGGCCAGAUCUAUUGCCAUCCGAUAGGAGACUGGGGGCACGCGCCAGGAGCUGUUAUGGGGUUCAUCAACCUGCCAGAGAAUGUCCCAAUCCUGGGCGAGCUUGCCAUAUUACCCAACACGUACUACAGCAUCGAGCUCUUCGCAUCCUCCUUCGUUCCCGAACGCAACGAGACACUGCGCUUCAGAGUCGAAGAGAAUGCUUUUUGGAACGCGACUACAGAACGUUGGCAGUUCGUUUGGGGCCGUCAGGAGAGGCUACACCUCGUCAACGCAACGGCCGCUGCCGUCUCCCAGCCUCGCCCACCGGCGCUUGUUGUACAACCACAAUAA